AUGGAAAACACGUCGAGAACAACACUUGCUUCACCUCCGCUCUCCUAUCGUGCCUUCACUUCUCCCACAUGUACCAACAAACACACUCUUCCCUAUUACACCUUGGAUCACGCUUCGGCCCAUCAUGAUCUUUGUCUGCGCGUGUCCAAUGCGUCUUCACUGCGCCGACCGGAUCCACACUUUUACAACGUCUGCAUCGUCGAUACCGCUGUCAACCAUGACUUGACAUGCAUGCGCCCACCACUCCGGAAAAAGCCCAAACUUACCGCGACUACCACGAGCAACGCCAACUUUGGUGACAGCCCGCAGAUUUCUUACGUGUCGAAAUCUGGAAUGCUGAAGCCAGUUGGUCUCCAGAAAACCGCGAGUGUCCCUGCCUUCAACCUCCGUCCCCUCGACUUCAACGAUCCAAACGACUGCCGACCAUCAACAUCAAGUGCCGCUCAGCCUGCAAUCACCCUGCACCGAGCCCACUCCAAUUCUAACCAACGAUCAUUGCUCCAAAGGAGGCCGCCAGCGUCGCACAGCAGCUACCCUGUUGAAACCAUCUGCGGUCCUCCUCCUUCUUACAGCACUCAGCAGACCCGGUCGCAGGAUAAAGUCCGCGCACUCGAUCGCCAGCUCAGCCCUCAAAACACGAGUAAUACGACGCGUGACACGCCCUCUCACGACAUCAAUGAACAGCCUCAAGAACCUGCGCAAACCCCCACACAGCCAUCGCUGGUAACGCGGCUUCCUACCGCGUCCUCCAGCGCAGAAUCCGUUUCGGACGAGACCAAUACACAAGAGGUGUCAAGCCCUGACACUCCCAACACGCCAGACGACUACAGGCCGGACGUGGUUACCACGAAACCAGCGGCAAUGGCUGAAUCUUUCGUCUCCGCAGGACAGGAUACGUCGGAGCAGCAAUUGAAACCUAGUCCCAUUGACGAAGACAGCAAAGGCUCGAGCAGCGACGAGCGGAAGAGCGAAGAUCUUUUCUUGAACAUUGCAAAGACAGAUGCAUCUCGAAGUUCUCAAGCCCCUUCCAACAUCGAUAAAAGACGGUCUCGCAUUUCACUACCAUUCUUUUCCAACGCCCGGCCGGCCACAGGCUACAAAUCUUCCCCCAUCCAAGAUCGCUUCGACACGGCAAGCUUGUCUGGGCGGUCCGAGGCUCUGAAAUAUUACAGCAAGCGAGCGUCCCUAGGACAGCAUGUACCAGGUGCGCUGUCACGAGGCUACACCGAAGACACGCUCCGUCCUGAUUCUUUGGCUUCCCAGCAAGAAUCUCGAGGUAUCCACGACGGCGACUUGCCUCGACGCACACUGUCUAGGCGUUACUCAAAUGCAAAUACAAGCAUCACUGGCGAGCCACUUGGCCGUCAUCUACAGCGACCAAGUACUGCUCGUAAUAGCCGCCUGGUCUCUGAUUCGGGGUUUUUGGACCGUCCAAAAAUGCCAGAACACAACGCCACAGAGUCGACCAUCUCUACUACAGCCCCUUCUACUGUAUGGGAUGAGCUAGAUGAUUUGAAGUCAAGAAUUCGAAAGCUUGAACUCACUGGAAAGUUGCCUCCUUCGUCAGCUGCUGCGAUGACCUCCUCCGAGAGACCGAAAACCGCAACUACGGCGGCAACAACACUUUCCUCGUCGCCCAAGCCAAAACCCGCAGCUGCUCCAUUACAAUCAGCAAUUGAAGGCAUACCAUCCACUAUUCAUCCCACUCUUCAUGAAGCUCUUGGCAACGCCAAAGCUAUAGUGAGCAAUGAACUUUAUCAGAAAUUGCAAGCUACUGCACAGGAUGCACUACUACUUUCCAUGAUGAUGACUCCGGAGGGGUAUACCGGAACUGGUAGUACUAUCGGCGGCUCUUCGGCGUCCGAACGUCAAGUACGACGGCGGACCGAGAGCAUGUGCAGAAGCCUGACGGAACUGGUCAUUGCAAUGUUGGCAGACAACAAACAAGCACCAGCCCCUGGUACCCGACCGGCCAGUCGAGACGCAUACGCCCCAUCCUCUAUCGGCCUUCGCAGUCGUCGAUACAGCAAUGAACCGAAUGACCGCCCUCCGGUGUCGGCAAGAGUGCAGUCGCGGUUAGAAAGUCGGCGAACCAGCAUCCCCUUUGGUACUACGCUGAAUCCACAAGGAACGACACCCGAGCACAUUUACCAGACACCUCCAACAGCGCUACCGCAAGUUCAGGCUACUUCGUCGUCCAGGCUUGGACGUACAUCAAACUCCUUGCGAAGCAGGAGGACUCCUGGACAAACAGACGGAAACACUGAUGACGAAGAGGCAAGCCCUUCUGUCCGGCCUGUGAGCCGAGCUAUGACAGAAGUGAGCACGUAUCGUAAUCUCCCCCGGGACCGUGCCGCAUAUUCUCGGGAGUACACUGCCCAACACCCAAUGCCUCAACACGCGAGACCUACGUCGCGUGAUACAAGCAACCCCAUGAGGAGCGCGAUGCCGUCGAAUAUGAGCUCCAGCUUGAUUUCGAGGCGAAAGAAUGCCGGUCCAGCAAGCUUGAUGGGCACUCCAGAUGGAAAUCCUACCACACCAAAGGAUCAAUGGGGCCGGAUCACCAUUGUGCCCGCGGCCAUGUCUAGUCCCAUCGAGGUAACACCAGAGAGUCAAGUGACACUUCGACCAUCCAACUCUAGAAGGAGCCUUGGAUUCGCCAGCAGAAUAAGUAGCGUCAGCAGUCGCUUAAGAGCAGCAAAAGCUGAUCGUAACGCCAGUGUAAAGGAGAACCCAGACUCACGGGCGAUGCGAAAUAUUUUACCAACAGGACAGGAAUUGGAUAAUAUGGCGUUAGAAAGACACAAUUCAGGUCAAAGCGUUGGAUCGUGA